CACGAUCACGAUAGAUGGCAUUCGGGUCGCGCGCCGCAACAGCACGGACGUACGCUGCAGUAUCGCGCAUUCACUUUUAUCGUUAACAAUAUUUCAGCGUUCGUUUUUUGUUCAAAUCCUUUUCUGUGCUCUCUUGACGCGAAGCUGAACAGAUUUUUAUUUUACAAUUUGUUUUAUUCUUUUGCUGUAAAGCUUUUUGUUGACGAUGACAUAAAAACAGUGCUGGUGACAAGGGUGAUGUGAAUUGUGUUGUGUUGUGAUUGAGAUGUGCCUUGUGUAGUUCUGGUUAGAAUGGGGUAUGCGUCGGCUGGCACGGGGCGGGCGGCGCACGAGGCGCUGCUGGCCCGGCAGGACGCCGAGCUGCGGCUCAUGGAGACGAUGAAGAGGAGUCUCCAGGCCAAGAUGAAGAGCGACCGGGAAUACGCCCUGGCACUCUCCGCGGCCGCUGCUCAGGGCCAGAAAAUGGACAAAUGCGAGGAACUUAACGGCUCAGUAAUAGCGUCAGCCUGGCGCACCAUGACUGAAGAGUGGGAGAACACGAGCCGGCAGAUCAAGGCCAACGCCGAGGCGCUGGAGGCGCGCGCGCUGGACCGACUCACCUCGCUCAUGGUGGAGCGGCGGAAGGCCCGCAAGGUCUACCAGGAGGACCACGCGAAGAUAUCCUCGCAGUUCACACAGCUCUCAGAGGAGGUGACGCGGAAGCAGAGCGAGUACCAGAAGUGCCUGGAGUCGUACAAGCAGAUGCGCGCAAAGUUCGAGGAGAACUACCUUAAAUGUAAGUGCCCAACGAGUCGAGGUGGGCGCAAGCUGGACGAGACGCGGGACAAGUAUGGCAAAGCGUGCCGGAGGCUGCACCGUGCGCACAACGAGUACGUGCUGCUCCUGGCCGAGGCCACGGAGUGCGAGCGCGCGCUGCGGACGGCCGCGCUGCCCGCGCUGCUCGACAUGCAGCGGCGGCAGGGCGAGGCCACCGCCACCUCUUGGAAGAACAUCCUUUUGGAGGUGGUGCAGCGGUCGGACUUCAACACGGACAAGUUCCGGGAGAUCCAGAGCAAGGUGGACUCCACCGUGCAGAACCUCAAGCCCCACGAGGAGUACAAGGAGUUCUUAGAGAAGUACAAAUCGCCCCCUUCAACGCCAGUAUCGUUCACGUUCGACGAGAGUCUAGUAGAGGACACGAGCGGCAAGCUGCAGCCCAACCAGCUGACAGUGGACAACCUGACUGUGGAGUGGCUGAAGGAGAAGCUGACGGAACUCGAGGGCACACUACAAGAUAACCGCGAGAAACAGGCGCAGCUGGUGCCGGAGGCCAAUGGCGUCUGCAAGAACAACAACACCAGUCUCACCAACGGCGUUAAUGGGAUCGACAGGCAUUCCCCUCCGCCGAUCCCGGCGACGGCGACCGAACCGGUGAAGCUGCUGGAGCUGCGGAUGGCUGAACGCAAGUGCGCCAAGCAAGCCGAGAUGAUUAGGUCUGCGUUGGCGGAGCUGGGCUGCGAGGAGGCGCCGAGCGGCUGCCCCGACCUGUCGGCCGAGACCGUGGGCGUGGACAGCCUGGACGGCAGCUCGCCCGACCACCAGGAGCGUUCCUCGAUUGGGUCGAAAACGUCCACCGAGGCGCUGCGUCUGCGGCUGCACUCCAUAAUCCCGCCGCGACCCUUCUUCCGGAUGUUAGCGCGCCCCUUCCGGCGCAAGUCCGUGCCCUCCAGCCCGGCACUGCCCCCCAAAACCUACCGCAGCAGCAGCGAGGGGCCCGCCGACUCGGUGGGCACGCUGGAGGCGGAGCGGUCGCUGGUGGAGCAGGAGUGGUUCCACGGCGUGCUGCCGCGCGAGGAGGUGGUGCGGCUGCUGCGCGCCGACGGCGACUACCUCGUGCGCGAGACCACGCGCAACCACGCGAGGCAACUAGUGCUGUCUGUCUGCUGGGGCCAGCACAAGCACUUCAUCGUGCAGACCACGCCGGAGGGCCACUACAGGUUCGAGGGCGCAGCGUUCCCCUCGGUGGCGGAGCUGAUUGCGUGGCAGCGCACCAGCGGCGUGCCCGUAACAGCUCGCUCAGGGGCUCUACUGCGCCGCGCCGUGCCGCGCGAGACGUGGGAGCUCAACAACGACGACGUGCAGCUGCUGGACAAGAUCGGACGGGGCAACUUCGGCGAUGUAUACAAGGCGCGGCUAAAGACGUCAGGGCAAGAGGUGGCGGUGAAGACAUGUCGCGUAGCCCUGCCGGAGGAGCAGAAGCGGACCUUCCUUCAGGAAGGCAGAAUACUCAAGCAGUACCAGCACCCCAACAUCGUGCGGCUCAUCGGCAUCGCCGUGCAGAAGCAGCCCAUCAUGAUAGUCAUGGAGCUGGUGUCAGGCGGGUCGCUGCUGACGUUCCUGCGGCAGCGCGCGGCGGCGCUGGGCGCGCGCGCGCUGCUGGCCAUGUGCCGCGACGCCGCCGCCGGCAUGCGCUACCUCGAGGCCAAGAACUGCAUCCACCGCGACCUGGCCGCCAGGAACUGCCUGGUCGGCGACGACCACGCCGUCAAGAUCUCCGACUUCGGCAUGUCCCGGGAGGAGGAGGAGUAUAUCGUGUCGGGCGGCAUGAAACAGAUACCCAUCAAGUGGACGGCACCGGAGGCCUUGAAUUAUGGCAAAUACACGUCUCUGUGCGACGUGUGGAGCUACGGCGUGCUGAUGUGGGAGAUCUUCUCCAAGGGCGAGACGCCCUACGCCGGCAUGACCAACUCGCGCGCCCGAGAGAAGAUCGACUCGGGGUACCGCAUGCCGGCGCCGGAGGGCUGCGGCGAGGACGUGUACGCGCUGAUGCUGCGCUGCUGGGAGUACGAGCCCGACAAGCGGCCGCACUUCCACCAGCUCUACAGCGCCAUCGACAACAUCUACAACCGGUAGCCCUGUCCGUCUAGGGGCUGCUAUUCACGUAUCUAACGAUUACGCAGCUCGUGCUGCACAGAGCGUGACUGCAGUAGGCGACUGCACCAUGCGACCGCUCGCCACGUGGCCGUGACGUUCACAUAUCUAAUGACUGCACUGAUAAUGCAUCAUCACUAGCCAAACUACAAAGCAUAAUAUAAGCAGCUUUCGGCAUGAACUAUCGUUGACAUAGAUGACUGGGAACUUAGGGACCGCACCACGCGACCACCAUGUGUCUAUGUUGUACAGAUAUUAAACUUAGCGCAGAUGGCGCUGCAGUGCAACGGUACAGAUAGAUAACAAACGAUCGCUACGAUGACUAUUUUCCGAAAAGCACAUUUUAGUAAUUUAACCCCAAUUACUCUAUUUAGUGCAUACUACUCAAAACUACAAUUAACUGACCUUUCGUAAACCAUAAGUGACAAAAAUAAAUAACAAUGAUCAGUUAGGUUGUUUUUAAUAUGACAAUGAGAAAUAUAGGCAAUGGCAUUAUUCAUAAACGCCUGUCAAGUCAAACAAGCCCCUGAUAUACCUUGAUAGAAUAUAAACUUAUCUGUCAUUUUGUCAUCUAAGUUUUUUCAAAAGGGACAUAAUUUAACAAAGGUUUGCUAAAUUUUAUCGGUUUUAAAAUUUGUAUACUUAAUUUAAAAUGGUGCAAAUGACCAAACUAUUGACAUUGAUUUAAAAUAGCAUUUUCUAUUAUUUUAUUACUUUUCAAUUUCAUGCAUCGAAAUGAUUAUUUGUAUUUUCAACGAUAUUAUUUUGUUUGGAUCGAUUUGUUAAUUUAUCUGACAAUUAUACAUGUACCGUUUACCUUUUAAAAAUGUGGCCAGGAAACAUAUUGAAAGUUUGAAGCAAGAAGUAAUAAUUGCCAGAUUUUAUCGAACCGAGCUUAAAUAUGAGUAAUUUAGAGGAAUACUUGUACCUCUAUGUGAAAACACCAUUAAAUACACGUUGGUUUGUAAACAUGAAUUGUAACGUUGUUUUGUUUGAAUAAAGUAAGUUGUAAGAAUAAUGUGUGUGUGUGUGUGUGUACAGUUAGGGUACUUGUUGCUUAGUAUUGUUGGAACGACGCGGAGUGAUGAUCUCUUUCGAAUGGUACUUUCUAGCAAGUAGGAAACGGACAGUAGUCAGUAAUAUGUAUUCAUAUAUAGUGAUUGAAGACUCAUUCAAAUAUAGGUGUAUUUAGACAGUCUUCCGCAUGUAGUACAUAAGUGUUUGAUGGAAUAAAUAUUGUGUAGUUCAUAUUGUUUUUUUUUCAAUGAAUAUUAUGUAAUGAGAUUUGUAUUUUUAUUAUGUGUACUAAAUAAUGAAAUACUUCACUGUGCUUCCAUCAUGUGCCUUGUAUAUCUUGAUGUUAUAAAAACAUGCUUGUUAAAGGGUUUAUGUUAUGUUAAGAAAUGAACGCGGGAGUUCGGUAUGUAAUGUGAUAAGUGGUAUAGUGCUUCCAUGAAAUACUUUAUUUUCUAUAUACCUAAUGUGUCUUGCCUAGGAUCUUGUGCAUGAAUACGUGAUGAGAGUAUAUGAAUUUAACGUUUAUAAAACACAAAGUGAGAUGAAUAUUAAUGUAAGUGCUAUAGUAUAUUGCGUUUAAUAUUUUAAUGGUAACAAAUUGACUGUACAUAUUUUUUUCAUAAUAAAAGUGCCAGAUAAUAUUGGAAAA